CAGCGCCCCUCCCCCAACACUAAGCUGACCACGGAGAGAAAAAGAGUUGGACACACAAACACACAGACUUCUAGAGAGAGAAACACAAAAAAACGGAUGCUAAUAUAGAGAGAGAAAGAGCCUGGGUUUGCUUUAAGGUAUAUAAACUCACGCCACAUUUUCUUAGAGAGAGAAACAAGAAAAGGCCCUCUUUAACAGAAGCAAAAAUCCUCGAAAAAAAAUUACUUUGUUUGCUUCUUCUUAUCACCAUCCUCCUCUUCUCCUAGAUUUCGCUAAAAUUCCAAAGCUACAGGACUGUGUUCUAUCCGAUCUGACCCACCGAGUCUCGUUUAUCUUUGUCUCGUUCUCUGGUUUUGAUGAGUUGAAGAGAAGGAGAUCGAAAUUCAAACUCAUCAAUGGCCGGACCUGUUAAUAUUAUUGUAGGGUCUCAUGUAUGGGUUGAAGAUCCAAAGUUGGCAUGGAUUGAUGGAGAAGUAGUCCGUAUCAAUGGUCAAGAGCUUCAUGUUUCCACAAAUGGGAAAACAGUUGUCACAAACAUCUCCAAAGUGUUCCCAAAGGAUACUGAAGCUCCUCCUGGAGGCGUAGAUGACAUGACAAAACUUUCAUAUUUGCAUGAACCCGGAGUUCUGCAAAACUUGGCUACCAGAUAUGAACUUAAUGAAAUUUAUACAUAUACCGGAAAUAUCUUGAUCGCAAUAAACCCGUUUCAAAGAUUACCUCAUCUGUAUGAUACUCACAUGAUGGAACAGUACAAAGGUGCAGCAUUUGGAGAGCUUAGUCCUCACGUUUUUGCAGUUGCCGAUGUUGCAUACAGAGCAAUGAACAACGAGGGAAAGAGCAACUCGAUUUUGGUUAGUGGAGAAAGUGGUGCUGGUAAAACUGAAACAACAAAGAUGCUUAUGAGAUAUCUUGCAUAUUUGGGUGGUCGGUCUGGGGUAGAAGGACGGACAGUUGAACAACAAGUUCUGGAGUCCAAUCCAGUUCUUGAAGCAUUUGGCAACGCCAAAACCGUCAGGAACAACAACUCAAGUCGAUUUGGUAAAUUCGUUGAGAUACAAUUUGAUAAGAAUGGGAGGAUAUCUGGAGCAGCUAUAAGAACGUACCUCCUCGAGAGAUCUCGCGUUUGUCAAAUUUCAGAUCCUGAAAGAAACUACCACUGUUUUUAUCUUCUUUGUGCUGCACCCCUGGAGGAUAGAGAGAAGUAUAAGUUGGGAAAUCCUAAAUCAUUCCAUUACUUAAAUCAGUCCAGCUGUUAUGAGCUUGACGGAGUAAAUGAUGCUCAUGAAUAUCUUGCAACUAGAAGGGCAAUGGACAUAGUUGGGAUUAGUGAGGAAGAGCAGGAGGCAAUUUUUAAGGUUGUGGCUGCAAUUCUUCAUCUUGGUAAUAUAGAAUUUGCAAAGGGACUGGAGAUCGACUCUUCUGUCGUUAAAGAUGAGAAAUCUAGGUUCCAUCUCAAUAUGACAGCUGAGUUGCUUAUGUGUGAUGCCAAGAGCUUGGAAGAUGCAUUGAUUCAGCGUGUAAUGAUAACGCCCGAGGAAGUCAUUACAAGGACUCUUGAUCCUGAUGCUGCAUUGGGUAGCAGAGAUGCUUUGGCUAAAACUAUAUACUCUCGCUUGUUUGACUGGAUUGUGGAAAAGAUUAACAAUUCGAUUGGGCAGGAUCCCAACUCAAAAUCAUUAAUUGGUGUUCUUGAUAUAUAUGGGUUUGAAAGUUUCAAGCACAAUAGUUUUGAGCAGUUCUGUAUCAAUUUUACGAAUGAAAAAUUGCAACAACAUUUUAACCAGCACGUGUUUAAGAUGGAACAAGAAGAGUACACAAAAGAACAGAUAAAUUGGAGCUACAUAGAGUUUGUUGAUAACCAAGAUGUGUUGGAUCUGAUUGAAAAGAAACCUGGAGGAAUCAUUGCACUUCUAGAUGAAGCCUGCAUGUUUCCUAAGUCUACUCAUGAAACAUUUGCUCAAAAGUUGUACCAAACAUUUGCAAAGAACAAGCGUUUUAUCAAACCAAAGCUUUCUCGCACUAGUUUUACAAUAUCUCACUAUGCUGGGGAGGUGACUUAUCUGGCCGAUCUGUUUCUAGACAAAAACAAAGAUUAUGUGGUGGCAGAACAUCAGGUUCUUUUAACAGCCUCAAAGUGCUCCUUUGUAGCUGGUUUAUUUCCUCCACUUCCAGAAGAGUCAUCAAAGUCAUCCAAAUUUUCUUCCAUAGGGUCACGCUUUAAGCUACAACUUCAAUCUUUAAUGGAAACCUUGAAUUCAACAGAACCUCACUACAUCAGAUGUGUGAAGCCAAACAAUGUCCUCAAGCCUGCUGUCUUUGAGAACUCCAACAUAAUUCAACAAUUACGCUGUGGUGGUGUUCUCGAAGCAAUCAGAAUCAGCUGUGCUGGAUAUCCCACUAGACGAACAUUUUACGAGUUUCUUCUUCGUUUUGGUGUUCUUGCUCCAGAAGUUUUGGAAGGAAACUAUGAUGACAAGGCUGCAUGUCAGAUGAUUCUUGAUAAAAUGGGACUGAAAGGCUAUCAGAUAGGCAAGACCAAGGUCUUCCUACGAGCUGGUCAGAUGGCUGAGCUGGACGCAAGGAGGGCAGAGGUUCUUGGAAAUGCGGCUAAAAUUAUUCAAAGGCAUAUGCGUACUUACAUUGCCCGCAAGGAAUUCAUUUCUUUACGCAGAGCUGCUAUUCAAUUGCAAUCAUGCUGGCGAGGUAUACUUGCUUGCAAACUGUACGAGCAGUUGCGACGGCAAGCUGCAGCUGUAAAGAUUCAGAAGAACUUCCGUCGUUACGUUGAUAGGAAAUCAUACUCGAGUGUACGGUUGUCUGCAAUCACAUUGCAGACAGGCUUAAGGGCAAUGACAGCUCACAAUGAAUUCAGAUUGAGAAAGCAAACUAAAGCUGCAAUUAUCAUUCAGGCUCAUAUGCGUUGCCACAGAGAGUAUUCUUACUACAAGAGUCUUCAGAAGGCUGCUAUUACUUAUCAGUGUGGUUGGAGACAAAGGGUUGCUCGGAGAGAGCUCCGGCAGCUCAAAAUGGCCGCAAGGGAAACUGGGGCCCUUAAAGAAGCGAAAGACAAGCUAGAAAAGCGCGUGGAAGAACUUACAUGGCGAUUGCAGUUAGAGAAGCGACUAAGAACUGAUUUGGAAGAGGCAAAGGCCCAAGAAACUGCAAAGUUGCAGGAUGCUUUGCAUGCAAUGCAAAUGCAAGUCGAAGAAGCAAAUUCUAGAGUUAUUAAAGAACGAGAGGCAGCACGGAAAGCUAUUGAAGAAGCUCCUCCAGUAAUUAAAGAAACCCCUGUUAUAGUACAAGAUACAGCGAAGGUUGAUUCAUUAACUGCUGAGGUAGAGAGUUUGAAGGCUUUGCUGCUGUCAGAAAAAAAGGCUGCAGAAGAGGCUAAGAAUGCUCGUACGGAUGCUGAGCUCAGGAAUGCUGAACUGGUUAAGAAACUUGAAGAUGCAGAGCGAAAAGUAGAUCAGCUUCAAGAUUCUGUACAGAGGCUUGAAGAAAAACUUUCCAAUACAGAGUCAGAGAAUCAAGUACUUCGUCAGCAAGCGCUGACCAUGUCACCCACUGGAAAAGCUUUGUCUGCCCGACCAAAGACAACAAUUAUUCAGAGAGCUCCAGAAAAUGGGAAUGUCCUAAAUGGGGAAAUGAAGAUUGCAUCAGGCAACUCUCUGGCUAAAUCAAAUCCAAGAGAGCCUGAAUCUGAAGAAAAACCGCAGAAAUCACUUAAUGACAAGCAGCAAGAGAACCAGGACCUGCUUAUCAAGUGUAUUUCACAAGAUUUAGGAUUUUCUGGGGGCAAACCAGUUGCUGCUUGUGUCAUAUACAAAUGCCUUCUUCAUUGGAGGUCAUUUGAAGUUGAAAGAACUAGUGUGUUUGACCGUAUAAUUCAAACAAUAGCCUCAGCCAUAGAGGUCCAGGAUAAUAAUGACAUAUUAGCCUACUGGUUAUGUAAUACAUCGACAUUGUUGUUGCUGCUCCAACACACACUUAAAGCAAGUGGAGCUGCUAGCUUGACUCCACAACGGCGGAGGACAUCAUCAGCUUCUCUUUUUGGGAGGAUGUCACAAGGAUUGCGAGCGUCUCCUCAAAGUGCCAAUCUUUCGUUUCUUAGUGGUCGAGUUCUUGGUAGACUGGAUGACUUGCGUCAAGUUGAAGCGAAAUAUCCAGCAUUGCUGUUCAAACAGCAGCUUACUGCUUUUCUUGAGAAGAUCUACGGGAUGAUAAGAGACAAUUUAAAGAAAGAAAUUUCCCCAUUACUUGGAUUAUGUAUCCAGGCACCUAGGACAUCUCGUGCAAGUUUAGUGAAAGGGCGUUCUCAAGCUAAUGCUGUGGCUCAGAAAGCUCUAGUUGCUCAUUGGCAAAGCAUUGUGAAAAGCCUAGACAGUUACUUGAAGAUGAUGAAAGCAAAUUUUGUUCCCCCGUUCUUAGUUCGCAAAGUGUUCACUCAGAUAUUCUCAUUCAUCAAUGUUCAGCUAUUCAACAGUCUUCUUUUGCGGCGUGAGUGUUGCUCAUUUAGUAAUGGGGAGUAUGUGAAAUCAGGGUUGGCUGAAUUAGAACAAUGGUGUUGUCAUGCAACUGAGGAAUACGCAGGCUCUGCUUGGGAUGAAUUGAAACAUAUUAGGCAGGCAGUUGGAUUCCUGGUUAUACAUCAAAAGCCCAAAAAGACAUUAGACGAAAUAACAAAUGAACUUUGCCCUGUUCUCAGCAUACAGCAAUUAUACAGGAUUAGUACGAUGUACUGGGAUGACAAAUAUGGCACACACAGUGUUUCUUCAGAGGUUAUUUCAAGUAUGAGAGUUAUGAUGACGGAGGAUUCUAACAAUGCUGUCAGCAGUUCGUUCUUGUUGGAUGAUGAUUCGAGCAUCCCAUUCUCUGUGGAUGACAUCUCCAAGUCAAUGCAACAAGUUGACAUAGCUGACAUUGAACCUCCCCCUUUAAUCCGUGAAAACUCGGGAUUUGUCUUUUUACAUCAACGGGCAGAAUGAUUAUGAUGAUAAUGACUUCUAAUACAUGAAUCAUGUCCUCACGUUUCAGUAUGGCGAUAUCUGCACAUCGGUAAACGUGCAGAAACCUGUGCAUACCAUCUCUUUGUCCCUUGCAUUCGUGUGUAUUAUAUAUUUUCCAUUUGCCUGGGCAACCCUUCCAUGUUCAUUGCCCGGGUCAAUUCAUUUUUUUAUUUUUUUUCACCCUUCAACACCCUUUAAGCAACGCAAGGGGUAUUAUUUUGGCCGUGUUGCUUUUAGUGUGAUAAUUGGGAAAAUAGAAACAUGCAUUUGUUUUGCACCCCUUUUGCUUAUCCAAAUUUUUUGGAUAAGCAACUCAUAGGGAUUCUUUCACACUGUUGUUUGCUGGUUUUAUAGCGUUGUAGUGCUUUUAUGAGUGUAAUUAAUGACAACAUCUGCAAUUUGUUAGGUUUACUAUUCAAAAUGUAUCUAAGUUUAUGUAUUGAUUUAAUUUUUUAGAUUUGACA